AUCGGUGUGAGAUUCAUGCAAAACAUGAAGAACGUAAACCUAAAUGAUUUGGCGCAAAUUUCAAAAAUAAACAGUUAAAUGUGUAGUGUAUGUUUGACUUUCUAAGAAGAAUUGUGAACAAGAAAUAUUUAGAUGAACAAAGCAGUGUUAUCUCCUUCCAAAGCAAGGCAGUCAUCGUCUGAAAGGACUUUGAAAUUGUUGCACGAGAAAUUAGAUGAAGCAGAAUCUGAAGUGAAGAACCUAUCGGAUAACUUGAUUAGCUAUGGUUUUAGUAGCGUAGCUGCUCCAGCAAAUAAUUCUGAAAGAAAGAAUGUUAUCGAAACAAUAGCACCAUUUGAAGCUAGUGAAAAUAUCGUUGGUUACAAUGACACAAUGAAGAAGAAUUAUGAAGAUGUUGUGAGUCGAGUUUGUCAUGUUGAAAGUACAGUUCAGUCAUUAAAACUUGCUUUAGUAAGUCUUGAGGCAGAGAAUACUUUAAUGACAAGAAAUAGUGCCACGAAGACGCUACAUGCAAACGAAUCAUAUGAGAAAACACUUAUGAAACUCAAGAAAGAUUUGACAAAAACACAAAAAUCGCUUGGGGAAAGUGAAAGAUUUCGUGCUCAAACUGAGGAGGAUUUUCAAAAAUUAAGAAAAAUAUUGAAUUGUGAUGCUAUGACAAAUUCAGAUAUUGUAUUAAAGAUACAAGAAAUGUAUGUCACACAAGAUGAAGUUGCAAAAAAUGCUGAUGAUUUAAGUAGAGCAUUGAAUAAGGAGAAAAAUUUGCGGAAGAACUUGGAAGAUUCACAAUCUGAUCUUUUGAAUCGUGUAACAGAAAUGGAGAAAAUUGUAGAAAGAGAAAAUCAUGAAAUGAAAAUGUUGUCUGGUGAUUGUAUGAAAUUAAAAAGAGAGUUGCUCGAGACAAGUUCAAGAUAUGAUAAAGAAUAUCAAACAAGAAUAAAGUUGGAGACUUAUGUAGAUAAAUUGAGGAAUGAUACAGAGGAUAUGGAAUCUAAACUGUUGGCUAUUUCAAAUGACAAACAGACGUUACAGUUGAGCUUGAUGAUGUUGAAACAUGAGAACAAAGAGUUAAAACAGAAAGAGGAGUUCACACAACAAUCAAACAACACACUUAAGGAUGCCAAUCUUGAAUUAGAGAAACGUUUUAAAGAAAUGAUAGAGACUCAAAGGAAGUUGGAAGAUGAUAAUAAGAUCUUGGUAGCCAAACAUUGUGAUUCUGUUGAACAACAAAAGAAAGCAUUUGCUGCCAAACUGCAAGAACAAGAUAAAAUACUGGAUGAAGCAAAAGAAAGCAUUUUACAGGAAUUAAGAAAAGAGAAACAAGAAUUACUUGAAAAAGAAAAAGAAAUUGUCAUUCUACAAAAAGAUCGAGAUACAAAACAAGUUUUACUGGAUGAAAAGGAUAAAGAAUUGUCCAACAUCAAAGAAGUGUUGGAGAAGUUAACAACUGAUCGUGAAAAUAUGAUUGAAGAAAAUGAUAAAGUUUUAAUGGAAAUCAAACGUGACUUGGACAAAUUUGUUUCUGAAAAGACUUGCCUUAGUGCGGAGCUUGAUGACAGAAAGGUAUUGUCGGAUUGCUCUCAGAUGCAGGUUGAGAAUGAAUCCUUAAAUCAUCAAAACAAAAAAUUAUCUGAUCAAUGUGAGAUGUUGAAAGUUCGUGUUGAUACUCUUGAACAACAGCAGACAAAUCACAGUCGUAUAAACAUUGCUCUUCAAAACAUGGUUGAAGAUAAAAGAAGAUUGGCAUAUGAAAAUGGUGUUUUAUCAACAGAGAACGAGAAGUUACAAAAAAAGGAGAAGACCGUUGAAAAACAUCUCAAUGAGCUAAAGAACCUUCUAUUGACAAAGGAUAAAGAGAUAGAAUCAUUAAUGAAACAAAGAGAGAAAAUUUGAAAGUUGCAGAAAAAGUCAUACAAGAAUCAGAAAGUUACGAAAAAAAACAUUCAAAACAGAUAAAAACGCUUCAUUCUGCCUUAAAUCAAUCAAAAGAAGACAAUAAGAAAUUGGCAGAAACACUCAAUGGCGUUAUGACGUCACAUACUCACCUCCAGUCUCUGUGUGAACAG